AGUGUCAUGGCGACGCCCAUUGAUUCGUCAGGAAUAUCGCAGAUAGGCAGCUACAAGCAAAGGGUUGGUGUCUACACUACUAAGCUGUUACUCUAGUUACAAAAACGUAUUGAACAGUAUUGAAUAGACCAAAGAAAGACCCAGACGGCACAGUCAGGCUCUCUGAAAUUUAAAUUUUAGAUUUUCUCAGCAACAUGGUGGAAUACUACCAGAUUUUAGGUGUGCAAAGGAAUUCAUCUCCAGAGGACAUUAAAAAAUCAUACAGAAAACUUGCUCUCAAAUGGCACCCUGAUAAAAACCCUGACAACAAAGACGAGGCGGAGCGAAGGUUCAAAGAGAUUUCAGAGGCCUAUGAAGUCCUUUCAGACACCAACAAACGAAAAACGUAUGACCGUUAUGGAAAAGAGGGCUUAACAGUCGGCGGUGGUGGUGGUGGUGGAGGUGGGCAUUACUCCAAUGGCGACCACUUCAGUGGGGGCUUUACAUUCCGCAAUCCAGAAGAUGUCUUCAGAGAAUUCUUUGGGGGACGUGAUCCAUUUGCUGAUUUCUUCGGUGGAGACCCCUUUGGCGAAGAAUUCUUUGCCGACGACUUCUUCGGUGGUGGCCGACGGCACCAUCGGGGCGUGAGCCGGAGCCGAACGGCAGGACCCUUCUUCGGGGGAUUCGGGGGGUUCCCACCAUUUGGCGCAGGGUUUUCAGCAUUUGAACCAAGUGUAGGCUUUUCUCCAUUUGGGGCCAUUGGACACAUGGGACAUAUGGGACACAUGGGGCAUAUGGGACAUAUGGGACAAAUGGGACAAAUGGGACACAUGGGACACAUGGGUGGAGGCUUCACCUCCUUCUCCUCUUCCUCUUUCGGGGGAGGAGGGGGUGGCGGCGGCGGCGGCGGAGGGAUGGGCAGCUUCCGCUCUGUGUCCAGCUCCACCAAAUUCAUCAACGGCAGGAAAAUCACAACAAAAAGAAUUAUAGAGAAUGGAGAGGAGCGAGUGGAAGUGGAAGAGGACGGACACUUAAAAUCUUUAACCAUUAAUGAUAAAGCUCCGGGGUUGGCCCUGGAGGAGGGACAUGGGCGCAAGGAGGAAGCACACCCUGGCUCCUCCUCAUCCUCGCACAGCUCCAAGAGUUCUUCAGCCGAGCGGCCCACUCCCAAGACUGAGCACCAGCACCAGCACCAGCACGGUCCAGCUCCAGCUCGGGCAGGACGAGUGGAUAUGAAAAGGAAGAAGCAAGCAGAGCAGGAGGGAGGAAAGAAGCACAAGGCAGUAUGACCCGUCAGUCACUGAUGCGUGUGGUAGUAGAACCAAUGGCAGAAUGCAGGUGAACUCUCCGGUGCAGCUCAUCGCGAUGCACACCACCUGAUGUUUAACACGUUUAUUAUGUGCACUUUCUUCAGUCAGGUAACUGCAAGAUCUCAACCUGUGGCCUACGUAACACUAAGGGGGUUUUUACUAAGAUGCAGGAAAUAUGUCUUAAAUAUGACUAUGUAUGAAGAUCAUUGCUCCUACUGACUUGCAGUACAGAUUGACUAUUGUAAUUGAUCGCUUUAGAUUUUCAGUUUUCAGAGGGGGGGAGAAUAUAAACCUCUCGCGACUAGCUUGCUAUAUUCUUCAUCAGGGUCUUGGGAAAGACUCCUUUCACAUAUCCCUUUGAUUUACUGUAGUUUGAUUGGAGGUACUCAAACAUAAACCAUUGGAAGUUCCAUAAAUGGCACUUCGCAUAGUUAAAGCAGUGUUACUUCACUUAGGUCCCGUGGUGUGUUGCACAAAUAAAACUUGUGGUAUGACUAUUUUUUCCUUUAUCUUAUGUUGUAUAACCUUUAUUACAGAAGUCAAGUUUUACACUGUCUUAUGUUCUAUUUAAAGAGUUAUUAAUAAAUAUUUUCACCUUUGACAGAAUGCAUCUCCUUAGUUGUGUAGUAGUUGCCUAUUGUCACACACAGUAAUUAAAAACAUUGGACACAUCAAUAUUCCUCCCAUACCCCUUCGAUACUUCCAUCUUUUGCACGAUCAGCUUCAGGAGGUUAUGCUGCUUCUCCACGAGGCUGGAUAUCUCUUUCAUUCUGCAGGAAAUAACGGCACCUCUUUACUUACAUGGCUUCUUCAAAUGUACAGUGGAGUGAGUCAGUGUUGUACUUAAACAGAAGGGUAAGGUAUGAAAUGGUACCUUCGCUUCUGUUUGGCCAGUUCCUGACCUAGAGGAGUUGAUUGACGGGAGGUCUGGCCAAUCCGGGUCCUGAAGAUGAAGCUCCUUGUCUGUUUGAAAAGAGCAUGUUGGAUACAGGAUGCUAAUCUGCUUUAAACACAGUUUUUUUUAUUUCCCAGUCAAGUCUCAGUUUAAUGUCUCUAAUUCUACUUGUUUUUUUCUCUGCCUUUUUCCACUGCUGUCCCUUAUUUUAUGAUCUUGAACUUUAAGUCAAUAACCUAGGGUCAUAUGUCCCGUGCAGAGGCCAUGGAGUCAUGUUUCUUGAAUGUUCUUUCAGACCGUUUUUUUACA